AUGACAGCAUAUUCUGAACACACCACCAAUAUGACAGCAUAUUCUGAACACACCACCAAUAUGACAGCAUAUUCUGAACACACCACCAAUAUGACAGCAUAUUCUGAACACACCACCAAUAUGACAGCAUAUUCUGAACACACCACCAAUAUGACAGCAUAUUCUGAACACACCACCAAUAUGACAGCAUAUUCUGAACACAUCACCAAUAUGACAGCAUAUUCUGAACACAUCACCAAUAUGACAACAUAUUCUGAACACACCACCAAUAUGACAGCAUAUUCUGAACACACCACCAAUAUGACAGCAUAUUCUGAACACACCACCAAUAUGACAGCAUAUUCUGAACACACCACCAAUAUGACAGCAUAUUCUGAACACACCACCAAUAUGACAGCAUAUUCUGAACACACCACCAAUAUGACAACAUAUUCUGAACACACCACCAAUAUGACAGCAUAUUCUGAACACAUCACCAAUAUGACAGCAUAUUCUGAACACACCACCAAUAUGAUACUUGUGUGGAUAGAACACGGGUAA